AUGGAUCCAACAUUAAUUCGAUAUUUUCCUGAUUCCGACCCUGUUUCCAAGAAAAACCAACGAGUAAAAACGAAAGAAGAUAAACGGCUUCAGUUGCCUGUGCCUUUACCACUUGGUCUUCUUCAAAAUGAUCGCUCAACAUUAACAACUAAUGAAUGGACUCUUCUUUCAAAUUGUCUUUAUGCAUUUGAUGAGCAAAACUGUUACACACGUAUUCAAAAUUUUCUUAAUGAAUUAUCUUCAUUACCACCGAAGUUGCGAUCGAAACCAUCUGAAAUUGUGAAUCUAAUGCGCGAGCUUUAUAGCACUGUUGGACCGCUUAUCGAACGUUCACCAGAUUUUCAUUCUUUACCGGUUGAUGGUCGUCAAGUUCUUAUUAAGCAUAACUUGUACGUAACUGGCGUGACGAGUGGAUUUUUUUUAUGCCGUGAGCUAAAUGUAUUCGAUAAUAUGACUGUUCUCAAUGCUUACAAUCAGCUAUACGGAUGUGAAUAUAUGACAGAGUGUCGUCGAAAUAUUGCACGAUAUGAUCCAAAUGGAAGUCUUAUUAAAAUCUUCAUAUUUAUAUUAGCUUUUUCAAGUAGUUGCUCGAUUAUUAAAUAUGAUAAUCAAGUAGACGUUACAAUUAUGUACAGUUCAAUCCAUCUUGUUCCUGUUCAGAAUGCAUAUGUAACGAUGUUAUGGAAAUAUUUGAUAUAUCUAUAUGGAUUUAAAGAAGCAGUGCUUCGAUUUACUCGGCUUGUAAAGGACGCUGUAGAUUUAAUUACUAUGUUAAAUUCGAUUUCUCAGAGCCAAAUCCGUAGCCGUAUGAUUGAUACAAUCAUAACAGACACAGAGCGUACCUUAGCUAUCGACGACUGA